AUGGAGAGCUGCAGCCGGCUGGAAGGGACGGAGGAGGGAACUGUCAUCCAGGAUGGCCAAGUGGUGAGGAGAGAAAAAGCCGCUAGGCCAGGAUCUGAUGGCCAGCGGCUCUUUCUCUCCUCACCACUCGGCCAUCCUGAAGUGACAGCACUUCCUUCUCCGCUCUCCCCCGCUCUCCCCAGCUGGCUUCAGCGCUUCCUUCUCGCCCUCCCCCCGGCUGGCUUCAGCGCUCAGGAUGGCAGAGCGCUCGAGGGCAAAUUUAAUUACAUUCUGAUUGAUGAGAAUGUGUCUUAUGAUGUGUCAGAAGCCAAAAGUAUUCAUGAUAUCAUCAAAAAAAAUGUACACAGCUCUGCCAUGGUCUGUAAUUGUUUGCUACCACCUAGUGUUUCCCAAAAACCAUUGAAGUCUGAAGAGCCAGAUGGAGAUCUGGAUGACGAUGACACGACUAUUGAUGUCGAGAUUGAAAAUGUGAGACCUAGACCUCAGGGAUCAUCACCUGUAUAUGAAUAUGCUGUAAAUGAGUAUUAUAUAGACCCGGAGGAACCAAUGGAGGUGACUUUAAGCACCGAAGUGGAGCCCAAUGCUAAAGACUUCACUAUAGUUGGAGGUGGCACUGAAAGCAUAAUCGUCUCACAAGUCACAAAUCAAAUUCCACAAUCAAAUAUCUUCUGUAUUAAAGAAGGAGAUCAGCUACUAAGUGCGACAAUCUAUUUUGACAACAUCACAUAUGAAGAUGCCAUUAAGAUCCUUCAGCAUUCUGAGUCAUGCAGAGUGGAGUUCCUGCUGAAGCGCAAACUGGGAAAAGAGGACAGAGAGAAAAUGCAGUCUAUUGUGCAACUCAAGAAAGAAAAGACUUCACAGGAUAAGGAUGACUCUACCAUAGCAUCUGAAAAGACAGAAGAAAACACAGUCCGAAGAAGAGAACAUAAGAAGAAACGUUCAAAGAAAGACAGGCUUUCCUGGCCUAAAUUUCAGUCCCUGGCCAAUACAAGGUUUUUAGGCCAUCGCCGAUCUCGAAGUACCUCAGAGACCAAUGAAGACGAAACUCUAGAAAUUUCUUCAAAGGUGACAGAGGCUAACUUGGAUGAUGAUGAACUAUUUGUCACGGAGAAAGAAAAGCAAUAUGGCCAAGAGUUUUCAGGACUAGAUAUUCACAGUGGGACAACAACAUUCAACCAACAGAUGACUGGAGUGAAAAACAGAGAAGAACCUCAUGAUAGAUCAAAAGAGAAGAGAAGCUUGGACAGCAGUGUACGUGUUAGAGUAGAACACCACGACCUUCCAAAAACACAGAUGAAGAAAGGCUUAUCGUUACACUCCACAAUCUCUUCCUCUAGCAGAGAAACAGGCAGUUUGGAAAGGAAGAAUUUACAUCCAGAUGUUGAAAUCAUAAUUGUAAAAGAAAAAAAUCUACCAUCUCCCUGCAAGGUGUCACCAAUCCAAAGGAGAUAUGAAAGAACAUCUAGGGAAAACAUUGCAGCAGCUGCAACUGAAAUACCAGUUACUCACUUAACAACAAAAGAAGACUUUCCACAAGCUACUGAGACAAGCGAAGGCCAGCUUGAGAUUUCUGAUGACGAUUCAAGCCCGACCACAGAAGAACCUUCAGGAAUUAAACAGAGAAGGAACAAAAAGAAGAAAAAGUUGGGGAAAUCUACAGAGCUUCUUCAACAACAGAAAAGAACUCGUGAAAGCUCAUUUAGCAUAGGUAUGGACAAAGAACAUUACAAAGAUACCUAUGAAACCCAGUUCAAGACAGAGAAAUUAGAAAAUGUAAGUACUGAUUUUACUCUUUUGCAAAAAUCUGAACAUAGAGAUGUUUUGGUUGAUAAAAACUCAGUUGCUAUUGGUGUCAAAGAAUUGCCGGAUGGCUCUGACAUUAAUCUUCAACUACCCAUUUUCAAAGGGCCCUCCUUUGUAGUCUCACAGCAGGAAGAAUCUAAUCUUACAUACAUAGAGUCUUCUAUCAAAGAAAAACCCCCUGACCAACAGUCUGAGGUGUUAGGUUGGAAGCUGCAAAUGCCUAUUAUAAAAAUGCCAAAGCUGCCCAAACUUUACAGAAAAUCAGUUAGAUCUGAAAGUGAAGAACCGUUAGAUCCUGCAAAUGUGUACAUGUAUAAAAAAGAUUCAUCUGUAGAUAUUCAUGGUCAGAUAGCUCCACACGCAAAUGUAAAUGAAGAUCAAUCUGUAGACAUAAAAGGUCACAAAGUUGGAAUCAGGAAACUGAGAUCAAAAAUGUCUGUUCCAACAGUGGAGGGACAGUUUGAAGUAGAUGAAUCAAUCCCAUUUUCUGUACAAAUGGGUUCAAGAAAAGAUAAAACUGUUAGUACUAAUGCAGAGCAAAAUGUCUUAGUUACUCAUGCAAAUGUAUUAACUGUUGAAAAGCUCAAUAUUCCAACAGCAAAUCUCCAAAAAGGAGAUUUAGAUACACAUAAACCCGAAGCAUUGGAUGAUUUUGUACAAAAAUCAGCCGUAGAUAUAUCUUCAAAGCUAAUUUUGUCUGCAGAUGAAUUGACUGAAGUUCAGGACAAGGACGGUAUAGAUGUAGUUUUAGAAUAUAAAAUAAAAGAUGCUGAAGAUGAACACAAGGAAAGCCAUCUAAGAAUGCCCAGAUUUAAACUUCCUUCUUUUGGUUCACUUACAAAAAGAGCAAGCUAUAAUACAGAUGGUAAGAUGGAAGUCAAAGAAGAUCACUGGGACAUCAAAGAUGAAGAUAGUAAGUUAAAAAUCCUAGAUGUCAAAGAUUCUGACUAUAAAGACAUACAUACUGACAACAUACAAACUAUAGAGAAUAAAACAAAAAUUAAGUUACCAAAAGUUGGCGUUUCCCUUCCAAAACGUAGAGGGCACAGGGGACACUAUACUGUAGGCACACAUAUACAAUAUGCAAAUAAUGAGUUAGAAUAUGAAAAAUUUCAAAUAACAACAGAGGAUUUUGAAAGAGAAAGUAAGAGAAAUAUUUUGGAUACAGAUGAACAAGAUAUAUCAAAGGAUAUUGCUACUGAUAUAACAAAUGUGCAAACAGAGAAAGGUAAGAUCACGUUGCCUUAUUUCCAUAUGCCAAAGCUAGGGCUGGCAAAAUUAGGUGAUGCAGAUCUUGAAGAAACUAACAACAUUAUUUCAGAUACAACAGAAAAUGUAGGUUAUGAUGACAUUUCAGAAAUUCCAGCUGUGGAUACUUUUCCUGAGGAACCAAGAGGAAACAAAGAUUCAAAGAACUGGAAAAUCCAAAUGCCUUUUAUAAAAAUUCCAAAGUUGGGUACAUCUGAAAAAAUGACAGUGGACACGUCAACCAGAGAUCAAGUUCCAGAUGGAAUCGAUGGCAAAGAAGUGGCCACAGAGACAAAUGUAAGCAGUGAAAUAAGUGACGUUACACAAAAGGUAGAUGGACAUUUUAAAAUUCCCAUUUUUAAAAUACCACCUUUCAGUCUGACUGGACCAAAAACAAAAGGGAGUCAAUAUGAACCAAAAGAAGACAAUACAGCAGAAGUUGAAAUUUCAAGCACAAACAAAGCAGCUUCUGACUCCCGGGAGUUUCCAGAGUCAGACACACAGGAAGUGAGCAAAAAGACUGAACUAACAUCUGAAGACAGUGAUAUAGAAAAGUAUGGCAGCCCAUUCAAACUGCCAUCUGUAAAACUACCAUCAUUCAGUAUGAGUGGUCUAAGGGGCAGACUAAGUCGUGAUGAAACGGACAUGGAAAAGUUGCAUCCUGUGCUAGAACAGACUGACAAUGACAACAAUCUGAAAGACUUAAAAAUAACAAAGAGCAAAAAGAAGAAGAAGAUAAAAACCAAGAAAGGGAAAGAUGAUUCCCAGAUAGAAAAUCAGGAGGAUUCUGACACUAAAACAGAGAACCAGUCCAUUCCUACAUCAGCGGGUUUAGAUGAGACACUGGAUAAAGAAAAAUCUGGGUUUCAUUUAAUAAAGAAGCAACAUGUAAAAGCUAAGAUGCCAAAGCUAGAGCUAUAUGAAUUAUAUACAACAGAGGAGAAGCCUGAUUUGAAAGAUAUUGAUGACAUACCAACUUUAAAAUUAGACAGCGACUUAAAAGAUGAGGCAGUCAAAGCGGACAACAGGGAAACAAGGGAAUUUAAAGAAAAAAUAUUAACAACAUACAUUAGUGCAGAUUUACCUGAAAUUCAGGAUAGGAACAUUUAUAGUGAUAAUAUAGACAUAAAGCAAAAAAAAAUUGAAGUAAAAACACUUGUUGGGCAGCCGGAGAAUGAGACAAAGACUAUUUCUAUUGAGCAGAACCCUAAAACAACUAAAACUACAAAGUCUAAAAAGAAGUCUAGAAAAGUUUCCCAUUCAAAGAAAUCUGACAUUCAAAUGGCUAAAAAGCAAGAGGAAACUGACAGUUCUGGAGAAACGCAGUCUGAUGAUGUCAUAGUAGGUGACUCACCAGAUGAAGAUAGGAGUGUCACUGAAGAAGAAUACAAAUAUUCUGAGGGAUCUAAAAGCAAAGGAUAUCUUGCCAAAAUCAAAAUGCCUAAACUGGAACUUGUAAGAACUUCCAAAAAAUCUAAACAAGCUGUGAAACAUCCUGAAGGCGUAGAUGUGGAACAAACAAAAGAAGUGCCAGAACCUGCCUAUGGUCACAUUCUUGACCCUCAAAAAUUUGAAGAUUUAUUCAUGGAAGCUAUAAUUGACUUAACUGACAGUAAAGAUUAUCAUGCAACUGGAGAUGAAAACACCGAAGAAUUUUCAAAUAAAAUAGAAUUUCCAAAUUAUCAGAUGCAGACAAUCAGUUUGAAAACCAUUGAAAACACAGAGGAACAAACUGGCAGAAUUUUUGAUCAAGAAAAACAGAUGAUUUACUCCUCAUCAUUAGAUGCAAGUGGAGAAACCAGUGGUGACCAAGAAACUUUGCAGAUGGAUUUCACACAAGAUUACGCUGAGAAAAAAGAUAAAACAUCUACUAUUUGGAAAUUUCAAUUACCUUCAAUUAAAAGACCUACUUUUGGGAGGAAAGGGGAUAAAAACAAAAUGGGGGAAACAUUAACGGACAUUUCACUUGAGACAAGCAAAGCAGGCACAUCAUUUCAAAAAACUUAUGAUAAUAUUUUGAUAUCAAAGAAAAUUAAAAGCAAAGAAAGCUCAGAAGAGUUAGAAGAUAUGACUCUUGCAUUCCAGAAACAUAUGACACAAGCUGACUAUCCAACUACAGAUGAUAAUGUACUAAUAGAAGAACAUAAAACUGGGAAGAAGACCCAUAUGCCAAAAAUGAAACUUCCAAAGUUGGAAUUUUCUACUGUGUUCACUAAGGAAUCUAAAGCAAAAAUGUCGAUAAAUACUAUACAAGACAAUGCAGUAAAUGAAGGUCAAAACUCAGACUUAACAAUGGUAGGCCUGUGUAUGGAAAAAGAGGAAACUGAACAUGGUGCAUCUGAACACAUGUUUCCACCAAUUGAUGCUGGUGUGGUUAAUACUAAGACUACUUUGAUAACCACAGAAACAGCAAAAGAAGGGCAGCAUGUGGAGACUGUUUUAUCAAAUGCAAAAGACAGCACAAAACAAGCCGUUGGAGAGAUGAAUAAUGUAAUUUCAAGUCUGUCAGCAUUCACUGACUUUGAAAACGGAGAGCUAGCAAGAGAAACUAAUUUAGUAGAGAAAACAGAUCAAACUAAGAGUGUAUUUUUGAAAUCAACAAAGGAAGUUACUUAUGGUGAAAAAAUAAAAAGUAGGAUAAAGACACAUGAUACAGAGAGGGGCUAUUAUCUAACCAUGGCAGAAAAUGAUCUAAAAGCUGAAAAAAUAAAAAAUGAAAAAGUAUGUCCUCAAAUCCAACUAACAGUGACGACUUCUGAAAAAGAAGGGCUAUCCAGGCUUGAAACUACAACAGUACAUGAUAAAACGGAAGAAGUUAUCCCAGAUGGAUCAAUCAAAGUGAUAUCUGCAGUGGUAGAGGAGGAGGAAGUAUCAUCUGGAUUGAAGUUGGCCACAUUGAAAUUUCCACUCUUUAGUGCCGCAGAAGUUACCACAGAAUCUUCUGUGGAUGAGCCCAGAGAAGCAGCUCCAGAAACCAUUGCUGAAACAACACUUGAGAAAUCCAGAAAAGAAAUGUCAACUGUAAAACCCGAAAAAACAGCAUAUGAAGCAGAUAAAGAAGAACCCAAAGAUAAAGUAGACAUGGCUGAUAAAGAAGCAGAGAUUUCUCUUUCCGAAGGUAAAGUGAAAACUCCCGAAGCAGAAAAAGAAUCAGAAGGCUGGAAGCUUCCAUCCUUCAGGCUGCCAACAUUUUCCUUAUUUGGCACAUCAGAAUUGAAAGCAGAAGAUGCAUCAAAAGAAAUAUCUACAGAACCUGCAAGAAAGACAACAACUGAGACAGAGGUAGUCACAGAGGCUAGAACCACUAUUAGUGAUACCAGUGAAACAGCCAAAUCCUUACCAAAGUCAGAAGAACGUGUGCAAAUCACCAAAACAAUAGUGGAGAGCGUAGUGGUGGAGGGCCAAGACAGAAGCAUAGAAGAAAUGGAAAGUGCUUGGAAAGUUUCACUAUCAUCAUUCCAAAUUCCAGUCCUGAGUAAAGAAGAACAAAUCCUGAGUAUUUCUUCCAAAACAAUCUCUUUCAUGGAUGACAUUGACAGGCGUGAGAUAGUCACAGACAUUCUUACAGCAGAGGGCAAGGAGGAGGUGGAGCUCAUGCAUUUGGAAUCUGCAUUGGAAGCACCCUCAACUGAAGAAGCCAAAUCUGACAUAACGGGACGUGACACAGAUAAGGAACUGAAAGUUGAGGUGCAGGAAUUUGUAACAGAGGUUGAUGUAGAUAAAGAAUCACCUACUGAUGGCAUGAAAGUAAAGGGCAAAGUGAGAAAGCACAAGAAAAAGAUUACAAAGGUUGAGAAAACCAUCACAACUGUACAGACCGCUGGUGUAGAAGCCAUUUCUCCAACACUGGAGUUCCAUCUCACCUCACCUGAAAUUAAGACUGUAGAAGAAGAGGGUGAAGUAAAGGAAGUUUCUCCACAAACCAGAGUCACAGUGUCAGUUUAUGAAGAGCAAGUAAAAGUCAGCACACCAGAACCUGAAACCAUCACGGUGGAAGUAGCCGUUAAAACUGAAGAGGGCGUAGAAAAAGAAGAGUCUGUACAGGAGGUCUCGACGGUCCUUACCGAAGUAACAUCUGCAGUGGUAGAGGAGGAGGAAGUAUCAUUCGGAUGGAAGUUGCCCCCAUUCAAAAUCCCACUCUUCAGUGCCACAGAAGUUACCACAGAAUCUUCUGUGGAUGAGCCCAGAGAAGCAGCUCCAGAAACCAUUGCUGAAACAACACUUGAGAAAUCCACAGAAGAAAUGUCAACUGUAACAACCGAAAAAACAGCAUAUGAAGCAGAUAAAGAAGAACCCAUAGAUGAAGUAGACACGGCAGAUAAAAAAGCAGAGAUUUCUCUUUCCGAAGGUGAAGUGAAAACUCCCGAAGCAGAAACAGAAUCAGAAGGCUGGAAGCUUCCAUCCUUCAGGCUGCCAACAUUUUCCUUAUUCGGCACAUCAGAAUUGAAAGCAGAAGAUGCUUUAAAAGAAAUAUCUACAGAACCUGCAAGAAAGACAACAACUGAGACAGAGGUAGUCACAGAGGCUAGAACCACUAUUGGUGAUACCAGUGAAACAGCCAAAUCAUUACCAAAGUCAGAAGAACGUGUGCAAAUCACCAAAACAAUAAUGGAGAGCGUAGUGGUGGAGGGCCAAGACAGAAGCAUAGAAGAAAUGGAAAGUGCUUGGAAAGUUUCACUAUCAUCAUUCCAAAUUCCAGUCCUGAGUAAAGAAGAACAAAGCCUGAGUAUUGCUUCCAAAACAAUCUCUUUCAUGGAUGACAUUGACAGGCGUGAGAUAGUCACAGACAUUCUUACAGCAGAGGGCAAGGAGGAGGUGGAGCCCAUGCAUUUGGAAUCUGCAUUUGAAGCACCCUCAACUGAAGGAGCCAAAUCUGACAUAACAGGAGCAGUUGUGGAAAAAGUAUACACUGAAGAGGUAAAGUCAGAGGCAUCUGAAGAGUCACCAAUACCCAAAGAGCGUGACACAGAUAAGGAACUGAAAGUUGAGGUGCAGGAAUUUGUAACAGAGGUUGAUGUAGAUAAAGAAUCACCUACUGAUGGCAUGAAAGUAAAGGGCAAAGUGAGAAAGCACAAGAAAAAGAUUACAAAGGUUGAGAAAACCAUCACAACUGUACAGACCGCUGGUGUAGAAGCCAUUUCUCCAACACUGGAGUUCCAUCUCACCUCACCUGAAAUUAAGACUGUAGAAGAAGAGGGUGAAGUAAAGGAAGUUUCUCCACAAACCCAAGUCACAGUGUCAGUUUAUGAAGAGCAAGUAAAAGUCAGCACACCAGAACCUGAAACCAUCACGGUGGAAGUAGCCGUUAAAACUGAAGAGGGCGUAGAAAAAGAAGAGUCUGUACAGGAGGUCUCGACGGUCCUUACCGAAGUAACAUCUGCAGUGGUAGAGGAGGAGGAAGUAUCAUUCGGAUGGAAGUUGCCCCCAUUCAAAAUCCCACUCUUCAGUGCCACAGAAGUUACCACAGAAUCUUCUGUGGAUGAGCCCAGAGAAGCAGCUCCAGAAACCAUUGCUGAAACAACACUUGAGAAAUCCACAGAAGAAAUGUCAACUGUAACAACCGAAAAAACAGCAUAUGAAGCAGAUAAAGAAGAACCCAUAGAUGAAGUAGACACGGAAGAUAAAAAAGCAGAGAUUUCUCUUUCCGAAGGUGGAGUGAAAACUCCCGAAGCAGAAACAGAAUCAGAAGGCUGGAAGCUUCCAUCCUUCAGGCUGCCAACAUUUUCCUUAUUCGGCACAUCAGAAUUGAAAGCAGAAGAUGCUUUAAAAGAAAUAUCUACAGAACCUGCAAGAAAGACAACAACUGAGACAGAGGUAGUCACAGAGGCUAGAACCACUAUUGGUGAUACCAGUGAAACAGCCAAAUCAUUACCAAAGUCAGAAGAACGUGUGCAAAUCACCAAAACAAUAGUGGAGAGCGUAGUGGUGGAGGGCCAAGACAGAAGCAUAGAAGAAAUGGAAAGUGCUUGGAAAGUUUCACUAUCAUCAUUCCAAAUUCCAGUCCUGAUUAAAGAAGAACAAAGCCUGAGUAUUGCUUCCAAAACAAUCUCUUUCAUCGAUGACAUUGAAAGGCGUGAGAUAGUCACAGACAUUCUUACAGCAGAGGGCAGAGAGGAGGUGGAGCCCGUGCAUUUGGAAUCUACAUUUGAAGCACCCUCAACUGAAGGAGUCGAAUCUGAGAUAACGGGAGCAGUUGUGGACAAAGUAUACACUGAAGAGGAAAAGUCAGAGGCAUCUGAAGAGUCACCAAUACCCAAAGAGCGUGACACAGAUAAGGAACUGAAAGUUGAGGUGCAGGAAAUUGUAACAGAGGAGGUUGAUGUAGAUAAAGAAUCACCUACUGAAGGCAUGAAAGUAAAGGGCAAAGUGAGAAAGCACAAGAAAAAGAUUACAAAGGUUGAGAAAACCAUCACAACUGUACAGACCGCUGGUGUAGAAGCCGUUUCUCCAACACUGGAGUUCCAUCUCACCACCCCUGAAAUUAAGACCGUAGCAGAAGAGGGUGAAGUAAAAGAAGUUUCUCCUCAAACCCAAGUCACAGUGUCAGUUUAUGAAGAACAAGUAAAAGUCAGCACACCAGAACCUGAAACCAUCACUGUGGAAGUUGCAGUUAAAACUGAAGAGGGCGUAGAAAAAGAAGAGGCUGUACAAGAGGUCUCAACGGUCUUUUCCAAAGUAACAUCUGCAGUGGUAGAGGAGGAGGAAGUAUCAUCUGGAUGGAAGUUGCCCACAUUCAAAAUUCCACUCUUCGGUGCCACAGAAGUUAGAACAGAAUCUUCUGUGGAUGAGCCCAGAGAAGCAGCUCCAGAAACCAUUGCUGAAACAAUACUUGAGAAAUCCACAGAAGAAAUGUCAUCUGUAAAAACAGAAAAAACAGCAUAUGAAGCAGAUAAAGAAGAACCCAAAGAUAAAGUAGACAUGGCAGAUAAAAAAGCAGAGAUUUCUCUUUCUGAAGGUAAAGUAAAAACUCCCGAAGCAGAAACAGAAUCAGAAGGCCGGACGCUUCCAUCAUUCAGGCUGCCAACAUUUUCCUUAUUCGGCACAUCAGAAAUGAAAGCAGAAGAUGCUUUAAAAGAAAUAUCUACAGAACCUGCAAGAAAGACAACAACUGAGACAGAGGUAGUCACAGAGGCUAGAACCACUAUUGGUGAUACCAGUGAAACAGAUGAAUCAUUUCCAAAGUCAGAAGAAAGUGUGCACAUCACCAAAACAAUAGUGGAGAGCGUAGUGGUGGAGGGCCAAGAGAGAAGCAUAGAGGAAAUGGAAAGUGCUUGGAAAGUUUCACUAUCAUCAUUCCAAAUUCCAGUACUGAGUAAAGAAGAACAAAGCCUGAGUAUUGCUUUCAAAACAAUCUCUUUCAUCGAUGACAUUGACAGGCGUGAGAUUGUCACAGACAUUCUUACAGCAGAGGGCAAAGAGGAGGUGGAGCCCGUGCAAUUAGAAUCUUCAUUUGAAGCACCCACAACCGAAGAAUCCAAAUCUGACAUAACGGGAGCAGUUGUGGAAAAAGUAUACACUGAAGAGGUAAAGUCAGAGGCAUCUGAAGAGUCACCAAUACCCAAAGAGCGUGACACAGAUAAGGAAUUGAAAAUUGAGGUACAGGAAACUGUAACAGAGGCGAUUUAUUUAGAUAAAGAAUCACCUACUGAUGGUGUGAAAGUAAAGGGCAAAGUGAGAAAGCACAAGAAAAAGAUCACAAAGGUUGAGAAAACCAUCACAACUGUACAGACCGCUAGUGUAGAAUCCAUUUCUACACCACUGGAGUUCCAUCUCACUACCCCUGAAAUUAAGAAUGUAGAGAAAGAGGGUGAAGUAAAAGAAGUUUCUCCACAAACCCAAGUGACAGUGUCGAUUUAUAAAGAACAAGUAACUGUCAGCACACCAGAACCUGAAACCAUCACGGUGGAAGUAGCCGUUAAAACUGAAGAGGGCGUAGAGAAAGAAGAGGCUAUACAGGAGGUCUCGACGGUCUUUACCGAAGUAACAUCUGCAGUGGUAGAGCAGGAGGAAGUAUCAUCCGGAUGGAAGUUGCCCACAUUCAAAAUUCCACUCUUUAGUGCCACAGAAGUUUCAACAGAAUCUUCUGUGGAUGAGCCCAGUGAAGCAGCUCCAGAAACCAUUGCUGAAACAACACUUGAGAAAUCCACAGUAGAAAUGUCAACUGUAAAAAACAAAAAAACAGCAUAUGAAGCAGAUAAAGAAGAACCCAAAGAUAUGGUAGACACGGCUGAUAAAAAAGCAGAGACUUCAGUUUCCGAAGGCGAAGUGAAAACUCCCGAAGCAGAAACAGAAUCAGAAGGCUGGAAGCUUCCAUCCUUCAGGCUGCCAACAUUUUCCUUAUUCGGCACAUCAGAAAUGAAAGCAGAAGAUGCAUCAAAAGAAAUAUCUAUAGAACCUGCAAGAAAGACAACAACUGAGACAGAGGUAGUAUCAGAGGCUAGAACCACUAUUGGUGAUACCAGUGAAACAGCCAAAUCAUCACCAAAGUCAGAAGAACGUGUGCAAAUCACCAAAACAAUAGUGGAGAGCGUAGUGGUGGAGGGCCAAGACAGAAGCAUAGAAGAAAUGGAAAGUGCUUGGAAAGUUUCACUAUCGUCUUUCCAAAUUCCAGUCCUGAGUGAAGCAGAACAAAGCGACAGUGUUGCUUUCAAAACAAUCUCUUUCAUCGAUUCCACUGACAGGCGUGAGAUAGUCACAGACUCUUCUGAAACAAAAUUAAUUGUGGCAAAUAAAGAAGAGAAUUUACAAGUCAGUUCAUUAGAAUAUGAAACCAACAUUUUGGAUAUUUCUGUAAAAUGUGAAGAUGAUUUACAAUCACAGUGUCAACAAGAAACAUCAGUGAUGUCAACUGAGAACUCUAUGCCAGUGAAGAUUUCAAUGGAAAAGUUAGAAGCUGAUGAAAUUGUAACAGAUCCUGAACUGAAGACUGAAACAUUGGAAAGUGUUCUGGAAAUGGAUUCUACAGAGCAAAUGGAUAACAAAGAAAAAUCAAGGUUUUCUGAAGGUGAAAAAAUCAGUUCUAAGUCGGCAAUGAUUUCAAAGGCCAAAUUAGGUGUUAGUAUUGUUGCAGAAAGUAUUAAUAUAUCCAGUGAAGAUACUAAAGUUACUAAUUUGCAAACUUUUGAAAAGGACCCAGUUUCAGAUCGUAAGUUAAAAUCCUUAAGGGAAGGAAAGCUGAAGUUUUAUUCUACUGAUAUAGCACCCAGUCAUCAUGAAUCCACUGCUGAUCUGCAUGCUUCUAAUUUGUCCGUUUCAGAGAGACGAAGAAGGAUAAUCUUUCCUCAACUGUCACUACCAUCGUUUGGCGUUACUGUUCUCCACGAAAGUAUUUCCAUUUCAGAUGAAGAUAGCCCCACUACUAAUAUCAGUUUCACAGACAAAAUACACAGGAGUCCUAAAGCUGUUAAUAUUUCUUUGUCCCAAAAGGAAGAAGGGGCAGCUGAUACCUCCACUUUGCACAUGACAAUGGUGUCAGAUGCCAAAGAAGCCAAACAAGAUGGAAACAUUGAGCACCAGCUAAAUAAAGAUAUAAUGAAAACUAUAGAAAGCAUCAAUCUUAAAGUACAGCAGCUUAAAUUGGUCGAUGAAGAAUAUGAAUAUCCAGAAAAAGUAUCUCCAGAAUUUCAAAUAUCUAAAUUGUCCUUUGACAACUCUAUUACUAAAACAAGGCUUGUUACAGAUGGUAUUCACGAACACAAUCUUUUGUCACAGGGUAUCACUGACCAAGUUCUGUCUGCAGAUGAAAGUGAAGUUACCCUUGAAAUGUCUGAUGUUAUCCAUACACAAACAUCAAAAUCUGAAGAAAGUUUAUAUGCUCUUACAAGUUUUAGUGGUCUUUCUGAUACAAAAGCUCUUUCUGAGUAUACAGAAUCAACACACAGUGAUAGCUUACAUGCCAGUAGUGUAGCACAGUCUCCAGUUACUGAGUCAACCAGAAUACAUUUUCCUCAGUUUUCUACCCCAAAGCUCAGUGUUGCUGUUAUGGGAGAAAGCAUUCAUAUUGAAGAUGAUGAGUCUACAAAAGCUAAAUUAGAUUACUUCCUGCUUGAGGAAAAUGUACAAAGACAGCUGUCAACAGAAAAAGAGGUGAUUAAAACUGCUGGUGAAGCUUCGGAAUCUCCAGGAUGGAAAUUUCAAAUGCCAAGUUUUAAGAUGAAUAUUUUUGGUAAAACUGAUAAAACAUCUGAUACUUCUCUAGAUUCUGGUAGAAGUGCAAAUGAGAAAGCAGAUAGUGCACUCCAAGAUGAUGCUGAGAAUCAUAAACUAAAGGCAGAUCAUGAAAAACAGCCACCAGUUGAAGAAAAACUUAGAAGUCCAUUCAAGUUGCCAUCUUUUAAACUCCCAUCUCUUAGUUUAAGAGGAAAGAAAGAAAAAAUGAGUGAGUCACUGAGUAUAGAUUUGCCAGACACUGACGAAGUAGCCUCACAAGAAGAGCUACCUACUGAAAUUGAAAGAAAUAAAGAUACUGGAAAAUUAAAGGAUGCAACUGAAAGUAGAAUAGAAGGUGAAACUGUAAAGGCAGGUCUACUUAGCACAAAAGAAGAACAAGCAAAGAUAAAGCUUCCUAAACUUGAUUUUUCUAAGCCUUCUAUGAAAGUUUCUAAAGGUAGUACCAAUCUAGCGGCGGAGUGUUUGGAUGCUAAUAUUUCUGAAGUUAUUGAAAGCAAGGAUGGUGAAGUUGAGGUACAGGAUGAUACUAGUGGGGCCUCUCCUGGGUCGCCUGGAGUUCAGAAAAUAGAAAAAAGUGAAAUACAUGUGCAAAUAAUUCAUGAAUUAGCCGAGGAGGUCAGGAUUGAGUUCCCUUAUUUUAAAACACCAUUGAUUUCUGCUAUCAUUCCUCAGGAUGUCACUUCUGAGACAGCAGAUUCACACCAAGACUCGCAUGAUGAGGUACACACAACAGAAAUUAAAGAUGAGCAUGCCAUUAGCAAGGUAUACAAAACACCACUUCGUAAAACUGAAGCUAUAGACAUGAGCGGUUACAUACCUGAGGCUGAAAAUCCAGAAUUUGUUUCGGAGGAGCUAAAAGACAUUUCUAUUUCUUCUCAGCAAGACGUUAGCGGUUCCAAAAUCAGGCCAACAAGGAAAGCAAUUAAGAUAUCUUUCUCCAAAGUAAAGAUGCCCAUUUUAACGCUUUCUGCUCCCCGAGAAAAAGAAUCUUUUGAUAUUACAAGUAGGCAUGAUGGGCCUGGACUGGAUCUUCCAGAAUAUGACCUAAGCAGUAAAGAUGAAUUGCCAGCUGUAGACAUUACUUGUGUAGCAAAUCAAUCAGUCCAGGACAUAACUGAAGCAUUGGAGUCAAGUGAUACUGCAAAUGUAGAGAGAAGUGAAACAGAUCAGAUAAGGCCACAUCAAGAAGGGGCUACAGCAAUUGAAAAAGAAGAGACCAGUGAGAAUGCAGAACCUCAACAUGUUAGCAUAUUGGAAUCUGUUUCUCUUAAAGAGCAUGAGAAAGUCAUCCAAAAUAUAAUACAAACAGAAACGGCUACUGCAGAUUCUAGCACAUCUAUAAGUAAAAGUCAGCCUGUAGAUGGACAUGAGACAAUCAAACUCUCCCACAUCAGCUACAUUAGAUUUGGAGCCCCCUCUCCAGAAGCAACAAAGGAAUCAAUGGGUAAGAGCGACAUAGAGUUAUAUUCAGACAGUAGUUCAGGGGACAUUCAUAGUGAAUAUGAUAAUGUGUCCCCAGAUGCAAUCAAGCCAAAAAGCAAGAGCAUCAAGUCAUCCUCUUUUACCUCCGGAAUUGUUAAAGAAUAUGACAUUUCUACCUCUGAAAUGCCAGCUUAUGGAUUUUCACUUUUCAAGGUCAAAUUACCUGAGGUCAGCACUAGUAUAACCACAAAAGACUUAGAAAAUCAGAAUAUUGAUGACGGAUAUCAAAACAAGCCAGGGCUUUCUGUGGAAAUGAAUACAGAAGCUUCACAAUCUCCUGAAACCAGGUUGGAGAAAUCCAAAGAUGAACUCAUAAGAAGUGAGCUGUCAGUAUCCCCUGAAGUCCACAUAGAAAAGUUGAUGACAUUUGCAUUUGAGAUGAAGUCUCCCACACACACAACUGCCAUCAGUUUCCCCAUACAUGCUAAGGAUUUAGAAGUUGCACAUCCUGAAACAACUGAACAACUAGCUCCGAAUAACCAGGAAGAGCAAAUAACCAUAAAAGAAAAGGAAGCUAUUCCAAAAUCACCAAGCAAAUUUAGGCUCUGGAUACCCAACAUUGGCUUCUCUUCUUCAUUAGAUCAGGGUGAAAGCAAAAAAGUUGACCACGAGGAACAAAAAACAGAAGUUUCUAAGCCUGAAAAAGAAUCCUUGCCAUCAAGCAAAGAGAAGGUUCCUUGGUAUAAAUUUCCAAAACUAGGGUUUUCUUCUACAGAAAAGCAAAAAUCAGACGACAAAGAAACAGUAAAGAAGCCCGAAGCUUCUACAAUAACUGAACCAGAAAAUAUAGAGAUACAAACUUCCUCUGUAGUGCAAAGUGCACAAGCAUCUCUGGCAGAACCCGAAGACUUUAUGGUUUGCUGCACGUCACCCAUCAAUUUCAAUGGGUGCCGCACAGUCGACAACCAACAGAGCCUGGCCACCUCUUUUCCCCCAGCCUCUGAUUGGACAUUGACGGAACAGCAGCAGACUUAUGAUAUCAUCACUAUCCACACGCCUCCUGUCAACAGAUAUGCAUGA